AUGGCCGGCCGGCAGCCAGCGCCUCCGGGGCCCCAGGGCUGGCCGCCCCGAUCUGCCGCCGCCCUGGGCGCCGCGGGGACCCUGGGCGCCGCCCGAUCCAGUGCCUGGACAGGGGGCGCCGCCGCCGCCGCCCUUGCCGCCGCCCAGGGCGGGCAGGCCGCGGGCGUGGCCCUUGCCCCCGACGGCGCGUCGGAGCUUCAGGUGCGGCUGGCCGAGGCCGUGCACGCGUGCAACCAGUGGCUCGGCGCGGCCCCCUCCCUUUCCUCUGCGCCACCCCCCGCCGCUUCUCCCGCGGCCGCCCUCGCCGCUCCUGCGGGCUGGCCGGGCCUGGGCGCCGCUGCCGCCCACGCCAUCCCCGUUGCCGUGGCCUGUUGGCCGCCGGAGCCGUCCCACGUCGCCGACACCCUCGCCGCGGCGGCGCUCGCGCCGGCCGCGACCUACGAGCGUGCGCAGGAGAUGCUGCGAGACCUCGAGGCCAAGCUCGUCAAGGCCAAGCCAGCACAGACGCAUGCCGCGCAGGCCGUUGCUCCAAGCAAAGAUGAACAAGAAGGAGAUGCACUCAUCUUGGCUCUAGCAGUUGCAGCCAGCCAUUUAACUCCAUAUGAUCGCCUGCUGCUCGACAUUUGA